CCAUAUCCUGUUCAACACCCGAAAGUCACAAAAGUUAUCAAGCAGGUCCUCGUAAAUCAGAUCAUAAUGGGGAUACCUUUCUUGAUUGUUGGCCAUUACUUCAUGAAUCUAAGAGGACACUCCACUGGCAAGGAACUUCCUACUUUUCAAUGGGUUCUACUAGAGCUUAGUGUUUUUAUAUUAGUGGAAGAAGUGGCCUUUUAUUACUCCCACAGGCUGCUUCACCAUCCUCGCUUCUACAAAUACAUUCAUAAACAACAUCAUGAGUGGACAGCUCCAAUUGCAAUAACUGCAAUUUAUUGUCACCCGGUGGAGCACAUCUUCUCAAAUGUUUUGCCACCAUUCCUUGGAGUUCUGUGUAUGGGAAGUCACACUGCCACCUGCUGGCUGUGGUUUACACUUGCUAUCCUUUCAACUUUGAACGCCCAUUCUGGUUACCACUUUCCUUUCUUCCCAUCACCUGAAGCUCAUGAUUUCCACCAUUUAAAGUUCAACCAGAAUUACGGGGUUUUAGGCGUCUUGGAUCGGCUUCAUGGAACAGAUACACAGUUUCGUAACAGUAGGAUCUAUGAUCGGCACAUUAUGCUUCUGAGCUUGGUUCCUCUCAAACAGUUGUACCCUGACAAUCUGAAACAAAAAUCAAUGUAAAAACACUUACUUGUACUGAAGUAACUGUUUGUCAGAUGGAACUAACUAUAAGUAUUCAUUUGCACACUUGAUUGAUAUUAUAAAGGCAGUUAUGAUGUAUCUAAGUAUGUUAUUACAGGAUUGUUAU